AUGCCCGCCUUUCUUCUUCUGGGGCAUGGUGAAGAAGUUGAAUUCUUGAGCAAGAGGCGAAGUCGAAAAGUUGGAAUUGAUCACCGUGAGGCGAAUAAGGAGAUCCUUGAAAAGCUGCUUCAAUCCCAACGCAUACCUCUCCUGGCCCUGGGCGACUUAAUUGCACAACAACGGCAUCCGCGAGUCAGAGAUACGACACCUAAUAUGGCUGGUAGCCUCGUUCCGUGUCAGAUUCAGUGUUGUGCUGGGGCAAUCAACCCCCAGGGCUGGGUGAAAUAA